AUGAUGCUCAUAGUGUCCACGGCGUUGCUUGGGUUGGUUAUCGCCUUGGCACUGUUUUUUGUGUUCCAAACAAAAUCUAAAACGUCUGGCACGCCCACAAUACUGCUUGUUGGCCCGUCUGGAUCAGGAAAGACUAGCUUAUUCAAUCUAUGGACUGACGUCGAAGCAGAUACCGUGACCUCCGUGGUUCCAAAUCGAUGUGAGAACGUACCCUUGCAAAUUUCAGAGGAUGGGGAAGACACAGACCGCUUUACCUUGGUAGAUCUUCCGGGCCACGAGAAGCUCGAGCACUUGACGUGGGCGGAAUUCGAUCCGUCCUCGAACGUCCGCGCAGUGCUCUUUGUGGUCGAUGCGGCAUCUGGCCAGCAGAAAAUUGCUGCCGCAGCUUCUCAAUUGUUCAAGUUGCUUCUGAGAACCGAAAACCAUGGUAUUAACGUCCUUAUUCUCGCCAACAAGUGCGAUCUGUUCAACACCAUGUCCAGCUCCCGCGUAAAGACAAUUCUGGAAACCGAAAUCGGUGCUAUCAGAUCCUCAAAACAACAGUCUGUUGGGGAAGCUGGUAGUGACGAGGCCGAGGAACGCGCCUGGAUCGGUUUAGAUGGAAAGUUCCAGUUUGAGGACCUUGAAAGCGUUGUCCAGGUUCUCGACGGUAGUGUCAAACUGAAAAAGACAACAAAAUGGGACAAAUGGCUUAGUGGGAUCUAA